CGCUUUUCACAGCUCGCUGGUGGCGUCUUUCUGCCUGGAAAUCCGCAGUUGAAAAGCGUACGCCGUGAGCGACAGACACGUCGUAGCUGUGCCGUUAUCCGUUUAUCGUUUACCGUUUACCGUUAUCCGUUCCGUAGCCCCGCCCGCCGUGCACUCCGCCGGACGGAAAAGGCCCAAGUCAUCAAAAGGAAUUCCGUAAAGAAGCAAGAAAAGCGGUUGACCUACUGGCUGGAGGCCAACAGAAAAGUGUCAGGCCCAAGCACCUUAAAAACCCCGUUGUGUGUGUGUCUUGUUGUGCGGCGAAAGUCCACAAAAUAGAAAGCAGAGAAAGUGUACGCCGCAGCUACGUGCCCCAAUGAGAAUUUUCCGAGACGCCGUCGAGUGUCGAGCCGGGUAACGUGAGACGGUCGAUUCCGGGCGCAGCCUGCAAGCCAUUUCUGCCUCAAAUUGUGGAGCCAGCAGCUCCAUCAGCUCUCCAGAAGCAGCAACAACACGUGUAAACGCUAACGAGCGCGAAAACGCGAACAUUUUGAUUGAUUUUGAUUGACAUGCCACUCAGCGCCCCGACACCACGCCACCCACCACGUUAAAGUGACGCAAAGUAACGAAAAAUAAUACACCAAGUCAAAUAAAAAAAACACACAUUGUUUAAAAAAAAAGAAAAGGGGGAGCCUCACCCAAAAUAACCAUAAACUUUCAGCAAACAAAAAUUGAAACGCUUCGAGCGUCAAACAGAAUUUAAUAAAUAUUUGGCUCAAGGGCUAUUGGGGGAAAGUGUCAGCAAAACAAGUAAAAUAUACAUAUUUAGCCCACAUAGCCUACAUACGAAAUGCAAUCAAAUCAAGGCCCAUAAAAACAGCACCAAUAAGCCCACAAAAAAUCCAACAAAAUAAUAAUAAAAAUCCACAGCAUCAGCCUAAUCAACUACAACAAAAUAAAAGCAAAAAAACCGCUGAGUUGGCCAAAAAGAAUACACAGUUUUUUUUGGGAUCUCAGUUAGAUAUUUGUUUGGCAUUUUCCUGCUCCUUUCAGUGACAGUGUAGUGGUGUAUUUGAUUUCUUUAUGUAUAUGUAUCAGUGUGCCUCCCCAUAACACAACAAAAAAAAGGAUAAAAUAUGCCGGCAUUGAUUUUCCCGGGCGACAACAACAAUAUCAGCUAAACAGCAGCCCGAAGAGCAACAGAAACAACAUUAAAGAAAAAAUAUCACAAAAAAAAGGGAGUCAGAGACGAGAAGAAAAGUUGCAGGCAUCGAGGGAAAAGUUUUUCCGACAUUUUCGGUUGCCCAGGAACAACUAAGCCUUGGAUGAUUAAAACCAUAAAAAGAUAAGCAAACUAUGGAAAAAGCUCUUGAAAGGAAGCAGGACAUUUAACGGCAUACAAAACAACUUCGACAAGAACGAACGAGGCAAAUGCAUUACAUUAUAAUUUCAUUAAGGACGAAAGCCUUUCUCCGCCAGCAGUGAAACAACGUUGCGUGCCAAGAAAGAAAAGGGCGACAAAGUCGAGAAGGCGACGAGGAGAAAGCGGGCCAAGUCGGAAAGCCGCAAGAGGCGACAAUAGCCCCAAAGCCCAUUGCCUACUUCUGGGCGCUGUCAAGCGAAAAUCAAGAGCCUGGCAUUUUUAUGAAAUUAAUACAAAAGACGUGGCGGCAAGGAGCAAAAGUGGAAGUGGCAGUGGAAGUGGAAGUGGCAGCCAUGACAAAAGCCCCAGCCAGAGGAGGACAAUGAUGGGCGGACGGGGUGGCCUACGAUUGAGAAAGAGAUUAUAAUGGCAGAAGAGCUGAUUUUUUUAUGGACCGCCACCGCUCGAGUAGACGUGACAGCGUCCGAUCGGCUAAUAAUAAUAUUUACUUGCGCGUAAUUUGACAUGCCAACGUGACCCAGCUGUGGCUGAAACUAUUUUACAAGAAAAUCAUAAGAAAAUUUGCCGCAAACUCUGGAAUCUCUGAAAAAUUAAUAGCAUAAACAUGCCUGGCUACCACUACUUGACACUCCUGCUGGUGUCCACUUUAAGCCUAAUCCAGGGCUGUCCGCCGGAGGUGUGUGUCUGCAAAUGGAAGGGCGGCAAGCAGACCGUGGAGUGCGGUGGCCAGCAGCUUUCCAACCUGCCGGAGGGCAUGGAUCCGGGCACCCAGGUGCUUAACUUCAGCGGCAAUGCCCUGCAGGUCCUGCAAUCGGAGCGAUUUCUCCGCAUGGACCUGCUCAAUCUGCAGAAGAUCUACCUCUCCCGUAACCAGCUCAUCCGCAUCCACGAGAAGGCCUUCCGCGGCCUCACCAACCUCGUGGAGCUCGAUCUCAGCGAGAAUGCGUUGCAGAAUGUACCGAGUGAAACGUUCCAGGACUACAGCUCUCUGAUGCGCCUCUCCUUGAGCGGAAACCCCAUUCGGGAGCUGAAAACCUCCGCCUUCCGGCACCUCUCCUUUCUGACCACCCUGGAGCUGUCCAACUGCCAGGUGGAGCGGAUUGAGAACGAGGCCUUUGUGGGUAUGGACAACCUGGAGUGGCUGCGGCUGGAUGGCAAUCGGAUUGGCUUCAUCCAGGGAAACCACAUCCUGCCAAAGUCUCUGCACGGAAUCAGCCUGCACAGCAAUCGCUGGAACUGCGACUGCCGGCUGCUAGAUGUCCACUCCUGGCUGGUUAACUACAACGUCCCGCUGGCGGAGGAGCCCAAGUGCAUGGAGCCGGCCAGACUAAAGGGUCAGGUCAUCAAGGGCCUGCAGCGGGAUCAGCUAGCCUGCCUGCCGGAGGUGAGUCCCCAGUCCAGCUACACGGAGGUCAGCGAGGGCCGGAACAUGUCGAUCACCUGCCUGGUUAGGGCUAUUCCAGAGCCCAAGGUCCUGUGGCUGUUCAACGGCCAGGUGAUGAGCAACGACAGCCUGAUGGACAACCUGCACAUGUUCUACUACAUCGACGAGAGCAUCGGAGUCAGUGGCGCCGAGGAGAAAAGGAGCGAGAUCUUCAUCUACAAUGUGGGUGCCGAGGACAACGGCACCUUCUCCUGUGUGGGCCAGAACAUAGCAGGCACUACGUUCAGCAACUACACCCUGAGGGUGAUCAUCAAGGAGCCGCCAGUGGUGAACGAGGUGUCCUUUCCGCGGGAUUACAUGAACUAUAUAGUGGCCAGCAGUGCUGGCGGAGGCAUCAUCUUUGUAGUUCUUCUCUGCACCAUUGUGGUGAAGUGCAAGCGCUCGGCAGAGCCAGCCAAGCAGCGGAAGAAAUGCGACCAGGUCACGAGUAUAGCCGGAGGAACAGACUCCUCAACGGGAAGCACCCAGGAUACGGGCAUGGGCAUGAUGAAGUGCGCCUCCAUCUUGAACGAUGGCGGUGACAGCCUGAACGGUAAUGCUGGUCUCCUUCUGGGCGACACCCUCACACCCACCAAGGCGGUAAACGGCGCUGCCGGCGGUGGCAUUAUCCUGGGCAAUCAGAUGAAGCAGAACCUUCUGCUCUACGCCACUCCGAAUCCUGGCCAGCAACAACAGCAGCAGCAGCUCCAAUUAAAUGUGAAUCUUAUGGGCUCUGGACCGGGAUCACCACCCCUGAUGCUGAGUAAUGGCCAUAGUCUGACUGCCGCCUACUGUUCGCCGCCUGCCUCGUUGAGGAACUACCAGGAGAAGAACCCGGACUUGGUGAACGAUGCCGAGAGUGUGAAACACAAACUGAAAACUGCAGUGAGCCUGGACGGAGCGGCGGAGUACGAGACGCAGAGCGAUUGUGGCCAAUACGAAGGCUGCUAUCAACUGGCGCCAGCUCCACUGGCCCUGCCCGGCCAUCCGGGUCAUCCAAUGCAUCCCGGACAUCCUGGCCACCCGGGCCAUCUCAUGGGACGCUUCACCCAGGCCAUGACCACAUUGCCGCGCGGCAUGCAACUGAAGCCGGCGCCGCAUCAGGUCGAUGUGCACCUGAACCCCGUCUGUUUCCUGGGCCAGGAUGGAGCCUUUGCCUACGACUACAGCAGUGCUCAUCUGGUGCAGCAGGCCUCGCAGCAACAGAUGCAGCAAUUGCCGCAGCAGCAACAACAGCAGGUGCAACCGCCGGCAAACUUUUACCGAACGCUGCCACACAAUCGGCUUCACAAGCAACAACAAUUCCAAGCGGCAGCAGCUGCCGGCCUGGAGGCGGAGUUCAUUCAGAGGGGUCCGACGGUGAACUAUGAAAAGUACCAGUUGCCCAAUGUUCGCUUCACGGCGGAAGGAUAUCCGCAACAGGAGAUGCAACUGCAACAGCAACUCCAACAGCAGCAACAGUUUCCAUCGCCGCCCGAGGGCUACAAAAGCGAUCUGGCGCCUUUUCAGCAAUGGCCCAGCUGUUUGCCAGGAUAUCGCUUCGCCCAGUCACCCACCAGCCAGCCAGCACCAGGUGGUGCCAUUGAGGGAGCACCCACCCUACCACCAGCAGCUACAUCCACAGUACCAUCCCAGGCAUCUGGAGCCACAUCAACCAUACCGGAGCUGGAUGAAAGUGAAGCCACCUCGCCGCGAUUGGAGGAGGCGGCUGCCGCAGCGGCAGCUGGGGGCGAAGAAGGCGAAACAGAUACUGGCAAGCUAAAGCAACUCAACGGUCCCCUGGCGGACAGUCCCGACGAGGGCUACGUGGGCGACGGUCAGGAGACGAGCGACAUCUGACCCAAGGGGCUACAGCAGGCCAGGGAUGCAGCUGCCUUAGACCCAGAUUCAGUGGCUCUGUAAAUAGCCAGUGCUGAUCGCAGGAAAGCAAGAAAACCACUCAUAGCCUCAGUUUACUGUACCCUUUUUUCGCAACACCCCCUCCCACAAUCCACCCAGCAGUUCCUGCCCAUCCCACCUUCACCAUUUCUGUUUGUUGGUUUGUCCGCAAAAACAAGCAAACAAUGCCAGACCCAAGUUUAACCUAAUAAUUGGCAGAGAGAGAAAGAGACAGGAGGAGAGUGGGUGAAAGAGAAGGCAAUGUAAGAAGACCCAAAAAAAGUAGCCCAGAAAAGGAGGAAACUUUCUUUCCUCCAAUCCGAGGGAUAAUACUGACUUCUUAGAAUCUGACUGGAAAUUUGAGAUUAUAAAGGGUCGCAGUUAGAUGGAACUUUUUUCUUUUAAAAUUUAAUUUUCUA